AGAAAGCAGGCAGGGCAUCCCUAGGGAGGGACUAGGGAGGGGACCAGCUGGGGAAACUGAAAAAGAGGGAACGAGGGAGGGAAGGAGUAAGGAGGCAGAGGUCCUCCAGGAAAAGCAAAGUGGCUCCGGGGAGAAGAGGGGCUGCAGGCAUCCGAUGCCAAGCAUUACCGAGGGGAGCUGAGAGGGUACAGCCAAGCAGAGCAGCUUUUGUGGUCUCCUCCUGACCCUCAAGAUGAUGAAAAGACAGUUCAAUCGAAUGCGCCAGCAGCUGUCCCAUCCCAACACCACCACCAGAGCCCAAGAAGCAACUGAGCUCCUGUCAGAAGAUUUGCUGCAGAUUGAGCAGAGGAUUGAGCCAGCCAAGCGAGCAGCUCACAGUGUGUCCAAGAGGCUCCAAGCCUGCCUGCAGGGACAGUGUGGCUCCGAGAUGGACAAGCGAGUGAAGAAGCUGCCCUUGAUGGCUCUGUCCAUGGCGAUGGCUGAGAGCUUCAAGGAACUGGACACAGAGUCCAGCCUUGGGAAAGCCCUGGAGAUGGGUUGCUGCAUACAGAGCUCACUGGCCAAAAUUGUGGCUGAGUUUGAGAUUGACCUGGAGCACUACGUCCUGCAGCCGCUCAACAAGCUCAGUGAGGAGGAGCUCCCCACCAUCCUGAAGCGCAAGAAGACCCUCCAGAAGUUGAUUUCUGACUGGAACACAAUCAAGAGCCGGCUGAACCAAGCUGCCAAGAGUUCCAGUAACAGCACUGGGGCUGGUGCUGGCCCAGGGGCAUCUUCUGCUGCCAACAAACUGGAGAUCUUGAAGGAAGAAGAGGAGGAGGUGAAGAGGAAGGUGGAGCAGUGCAAGGAUGAGUACAUGGCUGACCUCUACCACUUCUCCACCAAAGAGGACAUCUACGCCAGCUACUUCAUCAAACUAUUGGAAAUCCAAGCCCAGUACCACCGGCAGUCACUGGAAUCUCUGGACUCAGCUCUAGCAGAGCUGAGGGAAAGCCACAGACAGACAGAGCCUUCCUUCACGACAGACACCCCAGUGGCAGGGUACUACGGUGUGUCCCUAGAAACACACCUCAAGAGCUUGGGCCGGGAGAUUGCGCUUCCCAUCGAAGCCUGUGUCAUGAUGCUGUUGGCUUCCAGCAUGAAGGAGGAGGGACUCUUCCGGCUGGCAGCAGGCGCCUCAGUGCUGAGGAAGCUGAAGAGCAGCUUGGCCAGCGGCUCCAAUGCCCUGGAGGAGUUUUACUCAGACCCCCACGCUGUGGCUGGUGCACUGAAAUCCUACCUGCGGGAGCUGCCCCAGCCUUUGAUGACCUUCGAGCUCUAUGACGAAUGGGUCAAAGCAGCCAGCCUAAAGGACAUUGAUAGCCGCCUGCAGAGCCUGCGAGACACCUGCGGCCGCCUGCCCCAGGACAGCUACAACAAUCUCAGGUAUCUGAUCAAGUUUUUAGCCAAGCUGGCUGAACACCAGGAGGUGAAUAAAAUGACCCCCAGCAACAUUGCCAUUGUGCUGGGCCCAAACCUGCUGUGGUCGCAGCAGAGCACAGGAGACCCCAUGCAACUGGACUUGGCCUCGGUCUCCUCCAUCCAGGCUGUGGUGGAAGCCCUCAUCCAGAACGUGGACACUCUCUUCCCUGGAGAGGUAGACUUCAAUGUCUCGGGCAUGUUCAUGCCGCCCACAAACACCGGACUUUCCAAAGCUGCCCCAGAGGAAGAGCCAACUCCUGCCACCCCUUCAGCCAGCACCGCUACCCUUUUGGAUGGAGAGGCCACCUCCCGGGACCCCGAGGCCAGGUCCCAGCCUGCAUCCCCAGGACUGCCCAGGCCAUCUCCUGAAGCUGCAGGGCCACCAGCUCCAGUGAUGCCGGACAACACCACCCGCAAAGGCAAACGCCCAGCUCCGGCCCGGCCCGCCGUGCCCCCGCCGCCCGUGGCGCAGCCCCGGGGCCCAGCUCCUGGCCGGGCAGCCAGCCCCAAAGCCCUGCCGCGCCGCACACCGGCCCGGCCGCGCCCCGCCGUCCCGCCGCCGCUCCCGCCGCAGCCAGCGCCCCGCCACAGCCGAGAUGCCCCACCAGCCCCCAGGCCUUCCUCUGCUGAGGCUGACACAGCAGCUGCCGGGGACUGUGUGCCGGGAACCACAGAGGCGGGACAGCCUCUGCGUGCAGGAGGAAGCCCCCUGGCCAAAUCGGCCCCAGAAGGACAGCCCGCAGAGAACUGAACAGGGUGAGAGGCAUGGAUGAAUCACAGGUUGGGGAGAUGGGAUCUGGCACCUCUCUGGGACCCAGCAGACACUGUGGAAAUGCCAGGAUGGCCUGAGAGAUAGCAUCUCUUGGUCCUCCACCUUGCUCCCUUGGCUCACACCACCUGGCAUGCUUUGCCUGCCUUCUCUCACUCUCCCAUCUCGGUCUCCACCUCCCCAAACUACCACAUCCCUGCCAGAGCCCAGCCACCAGAUCCCUGCCUGCGUUCCUGCCCAGAUCUCUGCCCAGGUCCCCGCCCGGAUCCCCCGCUGCAGGCCCAGACACCGCUUGCAACUUUCGGGCCAGCACAGGCAGCUUGGCCCCAUGAGGCCAUUCACGGAUGCUCAGCCAUGAUCCCAGCCCCGUUUUGCCUUAAAAUGCAUUGC